AGAAGUAAAAAAUAAGCUUUUUGAUAAGUACAAAAUUCCAGAAAAUUGCCAAAUUCUCCAAGGGCCCAAGCUAAAUCAUCGAGCAGAAAAAAGACACUUUCCUCUUGGAGUUGCAGACAGUGAUGGGCAAAGGCUUAACAGCCCUAGAAAAAGUGCUUUCUCAACUGGCUAAGGAGGAAGGGGGAGGAGAAAAUGGAGAACCGGACGAGAACCUGGUGGGACUAGCAGAAUCGGCGCAGUUGUUUUGCAUUGCGCACAACACCGUCUCGGCACAUCGGAAAUUCCAAAUAAACCAUCAUUUCAAUCCAGAAACACAAAAAAUAGCAGCUGCGCAAUCUGCGGAUCUGCUUCUUUUUGGCGACGAUUUUGCAGAAAAAUGCAAAAAUGCUAAAGCAUUCAAAACCACUGCCAAAGAACUUCAAGCCACCGUUUCCACGUCAAAAAACUCCCCAGCUCGUGCCUCGAAAAAACGGUGGAAAUCAACGACAUGGCAGGACAAAGGAUCAGGGAAGCACGAGGGAAAAUACAAACCACGCUACUACAGAGCGAGGAACAGACCUCAGUCCAAGCCCUUCAAGAAGGAGGGGAGGAAGUACUAGGGAGCCCCACCCCCUGUGGAAGAACCUUAUCCUGGGAGCAGCCAUUUUAUCAAGCUUGCCUUUAGCAAGAAAGACAUCCCAAGCAACACCAUCGAUGUUAU